AUGGAAAGAAGGGCGGUGAUUCCGCCAUUCGGUGCCUUUGGUGGGAAACUCGUCAACUUUUCGGCAACUGAGCUAGGAGGUCUUGCGUCCGUUGCCGCAGUGAAAGAGUUGCCAGACGGGGUUAAGAUAGAUUCCGUCAUUUACGGAAAUGUUUUGCAAACGUCUGCUGAUGCUGCAUACCUCGCCCGUCACGUCGGCCACCGCGCCAAUGUCCCAAUCGAAUCUCCCGCACUCACCAUCAACCGAUUAUGUGGCUCUGGAUUCCAGUCCGUGAUCAACGGCGCCCAGGAAAUCAUCUUGGGCGAGGCCGAGGUCGUGUUGGCGGGUGGAACGGAGAGCAUGACCCAGGCACCCUAUGCGCUGCGUAACGCGCGCUUCGGUACCAGAUACGGCGUCGACCAGAAGCUGGAAGAUACUCUAGCCCACGCCCUCGUAGACAGCUUCCCAGAGAAGACACCCAUGGGUAUCACAGCUGAGAACCUCGCCAAGCAGUACGGCAUCACACGAAAAGAAGCCGAUGAGUUUGCUUUGAGGUCUCAACAGAACUACGCCAAAGCGCACGCGGCUGGCAUAUUCAAUGCCGAGAUCGCACCAGUGGAAAUAAAGACCAGGAAGGGCACCGAGUCGUUUACAGCGGAUGAGCACCCACGGGGAUCAACAACCCUGGAAACCCUGGCAAAGCUCCAGUCUGUAUUCAUUAAGCAGACGGGCACUGUCACCGCUGGAAACGCCUCCGGAAUCUGCGACGGAGCAGCAUCUUUGAUCGUCGCCAGUGAAUCCGCCAUCAAAUCUCAAAACCUCAAACCCCUCGCCCGCCUCGUGAGCUGGCACUACACCGGCGUCGACCCCAAAAUCAUGGGCAUCGGGCCCGUCCCCGCCGUCAAGGGUGCCCUCAAGAAGGCUGGGCUCACAUUGAAGGAUAUGGACAUCAUCGAGCUGAAUGAGGCGUUUGCGGUGCAGGCGCUGGCGGUCUCGAGGGAGCUGGGGUGGGAUAUGUCGAAGGUGAAUCUGGCGGGUGGGGCUAUUGCUAUUGGACACCCGCUUGGGGCUAGUGGGGCGAGGAUUACGGCUCAUUUGGCGCAUGAGCUGCAGAGGACUAAGAAGCGUUAUGCGUUGGGGACGGCGUGUAUCGGCGGGGGCCAGGGCAUUGCUCUUAUCUUGGAGCGGGCUUAG